AUGGUAAUUCACAUAGAGAAAGCCCUAUUUUCUUUACUCUUCAUUCUUUCAUAUUUGUAUGGAGGGUUGGCCAUUGGCAUGGGGACCCAAGAUGGAUCAGAGAAGUGGGGUUAUAUUCCAGUUAGGCCCAAAGCUCAAAUGUUCUGGUGGUACUAUAGAAGUCCUUUUCGAACUCAAGAUCCAAACAACCUAUGGCCAAUAAUACUUUGGUUACAGGGUGGACCGGGUUCUUCAGGAGUCGGGUUUGGAAAUUUUAAAGAAAUAGGACCAUUGGACACAUUUUUAAAUCCUCGAAACUCGACGUGGUUAAAGAAGGCAGAUCUUUUGUUUGUGGAUAAUCCAGUUGGGGUUGGGUAUAGUUUUGUGGAGGAUGAAACAUUAUAUGUGAGAAAUGAUGAAGAAGCUGCAAGAGAUUUGACCACAUUGUUGAUAGCAAUAUUUAAUGAAGAUGAGAGCCUUCAAAAAAGCCCUCUUUAUAUUAUGGGAGAGUCCUAUGGAGGUAAAUAUGGUGUUACCCUUGCCCUCUAUGCUCUCAAGGCCAUUCAAGCCAAACAAUUGAACCUCAUUCUUGGAGGAAUUGUGUUGGGAGAUACUUGGAUCUCGCCGGAAGACUAUGUGGCAUCAUGGGGUCCUCUUCUUAAAGAUAUCUCAAGGCUUGACAACAAUGGCUUGAAGAAAUAUAACAGCUUAGUCGAUGAAAUUAAGGAGCAAGUAGCUUAUGGUCGUUUUGAAGAUGCAAUUCAUAUAUUAAACAGCUUAGAAACGGGACUCCAGACAGAUACUAAUAAUGUGAAUUUCUAUAAUUUCCUGUUGGACGACGAUUCGGCUUCAUCUACGACAACUACGCAGUCCCAAGAAGCCCCUUCUGGUGAUCUUGAAAGCUUGAUGAAUGGUGCCAUUAGAAGCAAGCUACAAAUUAUUCCAGAUAAUGUGAAGUGGAAAAUGCAGUCUCCUCCUGUUUUUAAGAAUAUGCGAGGUGAUUUUAUGAGACCAAGGAUUAAUGAGGUUGAUGAGCUCUUGAAGAAAGGUGUUGAUGUGACCAUAUAUAAUGGGCAACUUGAUGUUAUAUGUGCAACCAAGGGAACCGAAGCAUGGGUUGAGAAGCUCAAGUGGGAAGGCCUAGAGGCAUUUCUUAGUAUAGACAGGACCCCGAUAUAUUGUGGAGACGAAAAGGUUACAAAAGGGUUUACAAAAUCUUAUAAAAAUCUACACUUCUAUUGGAUCCUUGGAGCUGGUCACAUGGUCCCUGAAGACCAACCCUGUGUAGCAUUCAAUAUGGUGGGUAACAUCACUAAUUCCUCAGGACCAGCCACCUUUUAACUAGAAGAACUUUUUCCUCAAACAUAUAUACAAUGCAGCAGAAAUAUAUCAUAUAAAUAAUUAGAGAACAAAACCGAAGCCAGCUUUUGUUACAUUAUUAUUGAUAUU